ACGGCUAUAGCAGAUCGAAUAGUGGCCAGUAUUGCACCGUCGAUUUAUGGACAUGAGGAUGUAAAACGAGCCAUAGCGUUGGCUUUAUUCAGAGGUGAAUCGAAAAAUCCCGGUGACAAGCACCAACUUCGUGGUGAUAUCAACGUGUUGUUAUGCGGAGAUCCUGGCACUGCCAAAUCGCAGUUUUUGCGUUAUACUCAACAUAUCGCCCCAAGAGCUGUGCUUACGACUGGACAGGGUGCGUCGGCUGUUGGUCUGACAGCAUACGUGCAAAGACANUCCGGUGACCCGCGAGUGGACACUGGAAGCUGGAGCUAUGGUGCUCGCAGAUAA